AUGUCUUCAGGUACAUUUUCUAAACAAAAUUCAUCUCCUGGCCCAACACGUCGUACUCGAACAAGAAACGAAUAUAAUGAGAAUAAUCCACAACAUAAUGCUAAUCAUCGUAGUUUAAGUGGUAAAUUUCGAAAUUUAUUUCGAAAGAGUUCUUCAUCACCUAAUCGUACAACGAAUAAUACUGAACGUCCACCACUUGCACCAGCACGUCAACGGUCUCAAUCACCACAAGUUAAAUCAGCAUCCACGGAAGCACCUCAUUUACGAGCACCUCUUGUUAGUUGGCCAUUUGGAAAAAAAAGAGCAAAAUCACCAGCAACAACAAAUGGUAAAACGAAAACAAAAGGUGGUCGUAAAACUAAAAAAACAACAGUACCACCGUUGGAAAUCUCCAAUCCGAUCUAUCAACAAGAAUAUCAAACAUCAAUACAUGGUCAAAAUUUUGUUCCAAGAACUCCAGAACUUUCACAUGGUAGUACUGGAAGAACUCAUUCAUCAUCAAAUUACGAAACAACAACAAAAGGUUUUCGUGAUUAUAUGGUUAUUGAUAAUACAAAACCGUCUCAACAGGUAAUCGUACAUGAUGCCGAUAUUAUUACACCACCACCAUAUUCGUCGAAUCGCAGUCGUUCACCAUCACUGAGUCAUAAUCGUUUACCUGAUACAACUAUUCAAUAUCCUUAUCAUAAUGAUAUUUCAUCAUCACCAAGAUCAGAUAUUGAAGUCUUUCAUACACCAAAGCAUCGACAUAAAGUCGAUGAUACUCCAUCAUUAACAGCUAUUCAAACCUUAGUCGAUAAAACUCCAUCACGUCCUCAAACUUCAAAUUAUUCACCAUCAAAGCAACGAAGAAAAGUGAAUGAGACUCAAUCGUUUGUUACUGAUCAAAGUUUAGUCGAGAAUACUCCCAUACUUUUUCCAACAAUAACACAAUCACCAAAAUCAACUAUGCAUUCUAAUCAAUGGAAGAGUAUGUCAUCGUCGUCUCUCAAUAAUAAUGAAAUGCGUUCAACAGCAUCAUCAUCAAUGGAUGUUGAUGUUCCAAAAUUAAAUGAACCUUUUGUACCACUUGGUCAUACAUCAAAUACAGAAAAAUCAAAACGAACUAAUUCUCAAUAUCGUCUUGAUGAAACCUAUAAUUCGUUAUCAACUAUGAAUAAUGUUGUUCAACCACAUCGAUCAUAUACAAGUACACAUAGUUCGUUCCCUGAUGCAGAAAUUAUGCAUAGUAAUAGUUUAACUUCAUUACAACCAGACACAACGAAUAGUAAAGUUCUUAUUUUAAUUGAUGAUAAUAAAAUUCUCAUGUUUCUUUUAGUUCCUAAAUAUCCUGGAUUAAGUGCGAUUGUCCAUUAUCAUAUACGUCCAAGUUCUAUUUAUUACAAUGAAUAUCCAUCAAUAACAACAAGUCCUCAACGAAUAAAACGUUUUGAUGCAUCAACUACAACUUUAAAUGACAAUGAUCAAGGACAGCAAUGGUAUAAUACAUUAAAUAGUGGUUCACCAUCAUCACCCUCUUGUAUUCAUCAUCAUGAUGGUUAUAUUCGACCUUUAACUCCUCAAAAACCCUCAUUACAAACAGAUACCAAUGCAUGUCGUGUUGAUACUGAUGAUUCACAUGGUAGAAGACCUUUAACACCAUCUCGAACAUCAUAUUAUGAUUCUUCUGAAAUUCCCGUAAUUUAUCGUAGUUCAAAAACAGUUUACACCAAAGAUAAACAUAGUUAUGUUGAUGGUGGAGAACUUCGAACAUGGAGUAUUCAAGAUAAUAAUGAUAUUGAUAUUGAUAUAAAUCGAAACCCAUCAACAUCUAUUCAAAUUGAAUGUAUAUGUAAUGAUUAUGAUAUUGUUCUACCGACGAUUACAAAUGAAUAUCAAAAUAAUUCAAGAAUUCAUGAACCGAAAAUAAAUCAUAAUGAUGUGCAAGAAGAAAACUAUGUCGUUUCAUAUGAAUAUGAAAAACAAUAUCCAUAUGAUGAACAACAAUAUUCAAAUCGAUAUUCUCAUAAUUACUAUAAUGAUAAAAAUUCAAGUUUUACAAGACCAUCAACUAUAAUUGAACGAGAAAAAAUCUAUGAUCAAUCAACUCGUUCGUAUCAAACUACUGAACGUAGACAGGAGCCUAUUAAUGGAAUAACUCAUGUUGAAAAUUCCGAAGCAUCACUUCGACAUUAUAUAUUAAAACAUUCAAAUUCUUAUGAUGGUCUUGGAAUUUUAAUAUCUGCUGAUAAUAAAACAGGCUUAAAUCCUCGUAUUCGUGAUAUUGAACCCGGAUCUCCAGCUUAUCAAAUUGGAUUACGUAAAAAUGAUCGUAUUAUUUAUAUUAAUGGUAUUAAUGUUGAAAAUCUUGAAUUUAGUGAUGUUCUCAUACUAAUAAAAGAAGGUUUACAUAAUAAUAAUCUGCAAUUAUCAGUUAUUAAUGAAUCCACAAAUUUUUGA